GGCGCUGCGGCCAUGGCCGCCGCCGGCCGACGCCGGCUCCUCCCGCUGCUCGUCCUCUCUGUGCUGCUGGUCGGCGUGGCCCUGCUGCUGCUGGAGCUGCUGCUGCUGAGCUCCUCCGGGCCGGCGCCCUCGCGACUGCCGCCCCCGCCCCCGCCGCCGCCCCCGCCCGCGGUGACCACGCCGCAGGGCACGGACGCUCAGUGGGUGGCGGUCACGGGCGCCCCGCACAAGCUGCUCGUGUACUCCGCGUUCCUGGACCGUCGCCGGCCGGGCGGGCCGACCGUGGUGGUCGUGGGGGCGACCGUCACCUCUCGACCCGCCCCGCUGUGGUGUCGCGUCCACCUGGAGGGCGGCCGACCGCCGCUCCUGGUCGACGCUGAGGUGAAGAACAUUCGUGAGAACUGGAACCUGAAGUACUCGGCUGUGUUUGUCCUGUGUCCAAUGUCCGGAGGUGGCACGGGUGACGAGCGUCCCGUCUCCGUCACGGUAACCGCUGCGCCGAGAGAAGACGCGCACAACCGUUUACUCGUACAGAAUAGGGAGCCAGUUGAGGCGCCCUCGCGCAGUAUUGGUGUGUGCGUGAAACCCCUUCAUUUCCGCUACGACGCUGUGGCACAACUAGUGGAAUUUAUCGAGCUUCAGAAGCUGUUGGGCGUGGACCGGUUUAUGUUCUACAACAGCUCGGUGGGGCCGCGGGUGGAUUGUGCUCUGCGUUGGUACGGUGCUCGCGGAGGGGUCACCGUGCUCCCCUGGCGGCUGGAUCUGCGCUCACAGCGCGACAUACGCACCGAGGGCAUGUUCGCGGCGCUGAACGACUGUCUGCUGCGCUCGCUGCCAGUCAGCAGUCACCUAGCGAUGCUGGAUCUGGACGAGGCGAUCGUGCCCCGUAUGAACGCCUCUCUCCACGGUCUGUUGGACGCACUGGAGAACGGCGUGGGGAGCCAGCUUCCCGCUGCCUCCUACAGUUUCCAGAACACCUUCUUCUACCUUGGCUGGCCGGACGACGCGUCGGCGGGCAGCGCUCUGACGUCGCUGGCCAAGACGCGCCGCCGGACGUACCGCCACCCGCACGGUCAGCGCAGCAAGUACCUGGCCGUGCCCCAGUACGUCCUGGAGGCGGGCAACCACUUCGUGUGGCAGACGGUGCCCGGCCAUGGCACCGUGCACGUGGCACCCGCCAUGGCCACGCUCCAUCACUACCGACAGUGCGAGUUUGGCGGCCAGGCAUGCCUGCUGUCCCCGAAUGUGCGAGACACGGGUACACACUGGCUCGGUGCGAAGUUGAAGAAGGCGGUGGCGGCAUCCCUAGUGAGAAUUAGCGACAGUUGUCCGAAGACAAUGGCGGUGAACGAGCAGGACUGGAGGUCACUGAUUGAAGCCACGUGAGGUGAGCUUGUGGUGGUGAGGGAAGAUGAAAAGCGCCUUCUGUAUUAAUGUGGGACUAGUGACUGAGAAGAUUGAAGACUAAUGAUCUCGGGGAAUAAUGCAAUGACAGAUUUACAAAUGCCUGCUUCGUUUGGAAGAGUCGUACACGUAUUUAAGAACCGCCAGUUGACAGAGGCAUUGUUAUCCAAUGCCUUAAUGUUGUUAGAUGCAAAGCUGGUGCAGUGCAAUUUCGGUUCCUAUGCAACCAGGGAACAUUCCCGCUGAUGGCCGUGUUUUUGCAUUUGCUAAUUCUGUUAUCUUCUAUCUCGAUAUUUUGUAUAGGUUUAAGGCUUGCUUGAUUGUGGUUAUAGAUCUGUCUCAACUAAUUUCUGACGAGCUGAUUGUAGCUAUAAUAUACCUGUCCAAACUUCUUUCUGACGAGCUACUAAGUGGACGUUGAACAGGAUGGAAUAAAUAACACGUCAAGCGACGCAUGUCA